AUGGCGACAACUACCGAGAGCACGGCUGCGGCCGGUGCGAAGCCCUUCGAUAUCGUUGCGACAUACAAUGAGCUCCUACGCUCCGACCCCGAUCUCACUAUGCCCAUCGCGGCUAUUGAAGCUCUCGUGCUUCUCCUCACACAUGAACCCUCUUCAACAAUUUCCGAAACCCUCGAUCUCCUUGAAAAGUCCACGGCACACCUCAAAAAAUCGAUCCCCAACCCCAUUGGUCUCUCGGCCGGAACCGAUCUCUUUCAACGCUAUCUGAUAACCACACUACAACGACCUGGGCAACUGGGACCUGCCGGCGACUUCAAGGCCAUUCGCACACAUCUUCUGUCGAACGGGCGACUUUUCAUUCGUCGCGCCAAGGAGAGCCGUGAGAAGAUCGUGGCUUUUGGAAGAGGAUUCAUCCGCGAUGGUUGCACCGUCCUAACGAACGGUGGAUCUCGAGCUGUCGCUUCUCUGUUGCAGAAGGCGGCUGACGAGGAGGGCGGCCCCUCUGCUGUGCGCUUCCGGGUUAUCUAUGUUCUUUCGCCAAUCAGCAAAAACAUCGAGGAGCCAUCAGGGGAACCGGAGGGCAUGGAGACAGUUCGCGCUCUGCGCGCUAAGGGCGUGCCUGUGUCGACCAUCCCCGAGUCGGCGGUCGCCUACUCUCUCGGCAAGGCCGACAUGGUCAUUGUGGGUGCUGAGGGUGUGGUGGAGAAUGGAGGUAUCGUGUCGCGCAUGGGAACUUACCAAAUCGGAUUGUUGGCCAAGGCUAUCGGCAAGCCUUUCUACUGUGUGGCGGAGAGCCACAAGUUCGUUCGUCUGUAUCCACUGGGACAGUACGAUCUGCCCAUUGAGCAGCACGUCCUCGACUUCAAGUCCGAAGAAGAUAUUGCUGAACAGAGCAAGCAACCUGCCGACAUUAGCGGGGACCGGCCGGUCGAGCUGCCACUCUGCGACUCGGUGGAUUUUACGCCUCCCCAUCUGAUCUCGGCUCUGAUUACCGAUAGUGGGGUUCUGACGCCCAGUGCCGUUAGUGAGGAACUGAUUAAGAUUUGGUUCUGA